CACUCCCGCGAGCACGUGCGCGUCCUCGCUGCUCACAUUUCGGCGGAGGGCGCGCUCCCUGGAAAAUUCCACUCCUGUGCUAGCUCCACCCUAUGCGGCUUCACUCGUACCCGACGCUCUUCACUCACAGCUCCCUUCCCGGCGGCCUUUGCGGGAACAAGAUGGCAGCCUCCAUACCUCAAGGGUUGUCUCGUUUAUCGAGGGUUUUGGGCUGGUGGUCUCGGCAGCCAGUUCUGGUGACUCAGUCCUCAGCUAUAGUUCCAGUAAGAACUAAAAAACGUUUCACACCUCCUGUUUAUCAACCUAAAUUUAAAACAGAAGAAGAGUUUAUGGAACAUGCCCGGAAAGCAGGAUUGGUUAUUCCUCCAGAAAAAUUGGACCAUCCCAUACAUCUGGCCUGUACAGCUGGUAUAUUUGAUGCCUAUAUUCCUCCUGAGGGUGAUGCACGCAUAUCAUCUCUUUUAAAGGAGGGACUGAUACAGAGAACUGAACGAAUGAAGAAGACUGUGGCAUCGCAAAUGUCAAUCCGGAGGAUAAAAGACUAUGAUGCCAAUUUUAAAAUAAAGGACUUCCCUGAAAAAGCUAAGGAUAUCUUUAUUGAAGCUCACCUUUGUCUCAACAACUCAGACCAUGACCGACUUCAUACCUUGGUAACUGAACACUGUUUUCCAGACAUGACCUGGGACCUCAAAUAUAAGACCGUCCGCUGGAGCUUCGUGGAAUCUUUAGAGCCCUCCCAUGUUGUUCAAGUUCGCUGUUCAAGUAUGAUGAACGAGGGCAACGUGUACGGCCAGGUCACCGUACGCAUGCAUACCCGGCAGACUCUGGCCAUCUAUGACCGGUUUGGCCGGUUGAUGUAUGGACAGGAAGAUGUACCCAAGGAUGUCCUGGAGUAUGUUGUAUUCGAAAAGCAGUUGACAAACCCAUAUGGAAGCUGGAGAAUGCAUAGCAAGAUCGUUCCGCCAUGGGCACCCCCUAAGCAGCCCAUCCUUAAGGUAAGACGGUGAUGAUCCCUGGCCCUCAGCUGAAACCAGAAGAAGAAUAUGAAGAGGCACAAGGAGAGGCCCAGAAGCCUCAGCUAGCCUGAUGACAAAAAUGACUUCUAGGGUGAAGCCUGGGUGAUGAGGCUGCUGGAAGCUUUGAAGUCUCCCAUUCCCAUCAUGCUAUAGAAAGAACUGCCUUUGUUCUCUCCCAUCCUGCUCAGGUCUUUUCAGUAGUCUCAUCCUCAGCAACCAUGGCUGAUGGCUGGGCCCUAGCAGGUGGCAGGUAUAACAUGGCCAUGUACACUCUUCUUUUUUAAAUUUUAUGUCUAGCUUCUGAGUCUAGAUGAAAGACAGUAUGUUUCAGAGAACAUUGGAUACCAGUUUUUUCCACAGCAGGGACUGAGAGAGAGAACCAGCAGCAUCCUCUUUGUAAUCACAGGGCAGGGAUCAGAGUUUGAAAUAAAACGCUGUCAGAGUGUUGGUAAAAUUUUGGUGAGUUCUGUACAUUUCCCCUGGUUCAGGCUGGGCAUAGACCGGCCUUCAAAUGGCAGAAGUGGAAGAUAAUCCUGCUUGUGAGUGAUGUGACUUUAAGGAAAUCUAGACUGGGAAAGAAUAAUUAGUGUUUAUAAGAUAUUUAAGAGGCCCUUUUUCAUUUACUGACUCACUGAUGAAUCAGCAUUUGUAUUUUAUGGAAAAAUAUAAAUCCAAAAAAAUAAUUUGUCCCU